CAUUUGCUGUGUCUGCCUAAAUCUCCUAUAGUAAAAGUAACUGACUGACACUGAACAGUAUUAGAAAAAAAGAAAAAAACCCUACUCCUCCCUCCCACCAACCCAACCGCCCACACACCGGUUCUACGUCUGGCUUUGUCAGAUGUGCAGAAAGGCAGGCUGCUAAGACAGGAUGACACCGACGAUUAGAAGACCACCGCUCACACGAUAAGAUGGAAAUGUCGCUGAAGCAGUUGAUUCUGUUGUUACUCACAGUGGCAGCAACAGCCAUGGUGAUAUCAGGUCAAACUGCUGUAUUUCUGAAUGAAACAAGAACAGUGAGAGUUCCAUCUGGAUCAGACCUGGCUUUGUACUGCUUUUUGAACAUAGAGACAUAUGAGCGACAUCGAAUUUCCUGGUUUUUCAGCAAAUCUGGAUUUGUUUUCAGGAAGUCAAUUUCAGGCUGUGAAAAUAUCUUUACUAACAAAACUGAACAAGACUCAAGAAAGACCUGCAUUUUGUCAAACGUUAAUACAAACCACAGUGGAUGGUACUUCUGCAAAGUCACAAUAGAGAUUCCUAGUUUAACAGAAAUUCACAGCAAUGGAACAGAAGUAAAUGUUUCGGACAGUGAAGUUACAACGUACCCGUCAAAUGUGACGAAUAUUGAAGGUGUGUGCAUGUAUGUGCGUGUGCAUGUGAGAGAGAGCGCGUGUAUGCAGUUCUCAAAAGGCAUAGGACAUUUUCAGGACCCAGGAGAUACUGAGCUGCGGCAAACUUUUCCUCCCGCAGACCCUCCUGCCCUGAGUGACAACUGGUGGAUAUGGGUGGUGUUGGGAGCAUCCUCUUUCAUCCUGUUCAUCCUGGCGGUCACAUGUGUCCUGCUCUCAAGAAGACAAGAGAAUAGAGAAGAGCCCAUCUAUGCAAACACCCCCAACAAACAGCCUUCACCUCGGCCGUCCAUGAGCGCAGCAGCGGUCAGCCUGAAGGUAGCUUCUUCCUUUCAAGACCUGCGGACCCCGAGUCCUGGCAGCAGAUACGACGAAGGCAAACGGAGAUAUAGACACUGA